UCGUGCUGCUCCACCCGAUGCAUCUCAGUGACUUCUUUUUGUUGUUGUUGUCAGUUUUAAUUGACCGGUUUUGAGUGCUGACGGACUGAUGAGUGAGGAUAACAAGAGCGAUCCCCGGCCGCUCCCAGAUGUCGAGCUGGGCGUCUGUGUGCUAUGGCUGAAAAUGUCUGUGGACUCUGAUAAGUCCUGCAUGCUGCUGUCUUCGCCAGACUCCAGGACAUCCUGCAUCUUCCACACAGCUGAGGAGAAGGAUGACAUUCCCGGUGUGGGAGAGGACAGCGUUCUGGAGAUGCUAAGCUACUCUAAGUUCUCCGACCUAGAGACAUGGCUGUGUAUGCCCUCUACACUGCUGCCCAGGGCCCUCGAGUCCACCCGCUCUUCCUCCGCCUCCUCCUCGUCCAACUCCUCCUCUUCAGCCAACAACUUGUGCCAGUCCACCUGCAGUGAGACUGGAGAGACGGACGCAUCGCCCAGGCCCCCAGAGAAGGAAGCCACAUUCCUCACCCCUGCUCGGGAGGAGGCGAGCCAAUUUCUGACCACACCACUGCACCCCAUCCUCUCGUCCACGCCCUACGAUGUGACCCCCAUCGCCACGUCGGUGACCUCCGGGACCUCGUCGGUAGACUCCGCCUCCCAGGGAGGGGCCAACGUGAGGAAACGGCGGCGGAUAGCAGCCAGUCCUGGAGGCCUUCACUGGAACGCUGCAGGCUCCGUGCAGCGCGACUUCGGGGCCGGUGAGCCAUCUCCCGUGUCGGGGGGGAGCAAGGGAGCGGCUGGAGGGGUAAGAGGAGGAAGGGGAGUGACGGAACGAGAAGCAAGGAGUUUUCCCAACACGAACGGAGAGGGGACGGCGGCGGCGGGCACGACGUCGGGGGUGCGCGUGUGGGCCAGCGACCACGCCGCCUUGAGGAAGACGGUGUCCAUCGACGACCGCUGGCUCCAGCCGACGUCCGGGGAGCAGCGGCAGCCCAGACUGCUGAGCCGGCUGGAGCGAGGCAAAAAGAAACUCAGGAUCAUCCAUAGUUUCGGAACCACCGGAAGAUACGAAACACGGAAAAAGUAA